GUAGAUGGCGGCAUGGGACUUUAACGCUGGUUUGAAGCUCGCCAUUAAACAUUGAAGAAGAUGUCAAACUGAGCCUUCCCGCGAGCCGUAGCAAGACGAAUUGCAAAACGAUCAACCCACUAGCUAGUGCAGUCGCACAUCAACAUCAUAGUAUAUUCCCCCCUCUCCCUAACAAUAGCGACGCAGAAGUCAGACUGAAAUAAGAUGCCUCUGCCUGUGCAAGUGUUUAACUUUCAGGGGUCUGUGGAGCCCAUGCAGAUAGAUGCAGACCCCCAGGAGGACCAGCAGAAUGCCCCGGACACCAAUUACAUAGUGGAGAACCCAACGCUGGACCUGGAGCAGUAUGCCACCAGCUACAGUGGAUUGAUGCGCAUCGAGAGGCUUCAGUUCAUCGCCGAGCAUUGCCCUCAGCUGCGAGUGGAAGCCCUGAAGAUGGCCCUCACCUUUGUCCAGAGGACCUUUAACGUCGACACUUACGAAGAGAUCCACCGCAAACUCACAGAGGCCACACGGGAAGUGCAGGGUGUGCCCGACACAGUACCUGAAGGUGGGGUUGUUCCUCCUCCCCUCGACUCUGCCUGGGCUGAGUCCACCAGGAAAAAGGCUCUGCUCAAACUGGAGAAACUGGAUACUGAUCUCAAGAACUACAAGGGAAACUCCAUUAAAGAAAGCAUCCGGAGAGGCCAUGAUGACCUGGGGGAUCAUUACCUGGACUGUGGGGACCUCAGUAAUGCCCUCAAGUGCUACUCCCGAGCCAGAGACUACUGCACCAGUGCUAAGCAUGUCAUCAACAUGUGUCUGAAUGUCAUCAAGGUUAGUGUUUACCUCCAGAACUGGUCCCAUGUACUGAGCUACGUCAACAAAGCAGAAUCCACGCCAGAGAUAGCAGAGCAAAGAGGAGAGCGAGAUAGCCAAAAUCAAUCAGUCCUCACCAAAUUAAAGUGUGCUGCAGGCCUGGCAGAGCUGGCCUCUCGGAAAUAUAAACCCGCUGCCAAGUGCUUCCUGCAGGCUUCUUUUGACCACUGUGACUGUCCAGAGGUGAGUGAUCUCCUGUCACCCAGUAACGUAGCUGUGUACGGAGGCUUGUGUGCUUUGGCCACGUUCGACAGACAGGAGCUCCAACGUAACGUCAUCUCCAGCAGCUCCUUUAAGUUAUUUCUAGAGCUGGAACCUCAGAUCCGUGACAUCAUCUUCAAGUUCUACGAGUCCAAGUACGCGUCUUGUCUCAAGCUGCUGGAUGAAAUGAAGGAUAACCUUCUGUUGGACAUGUACCUGGCCCCGCACGUCAAGACAUUGUACAGCCAGAUCAGGAACAGAGCCCUCAUUCAGUAUUUCAGCCCCUACGUGUCGGCAGACAUGACCAAGAUGGCUCAGGCCUUCAACACCACAGUAGCAGCUCUGGAAGACGAGCUCACCCAACUCAUACUGGAGGGGCUCAUCAACGCUCGCAUCGACUCCCAUAGCAAGAUUCUGUAUGCGAGGGAAGUGGACCAGAGGAGCACCACGUUUGAGAAGUCACUCCACAUGGGCAAAGAGUUCCAGAGACGAGCCAAAGCCAUGAUCCUCCGAGCCGCUGUGCUGCGCAAUCAGAUCCACGUCAAGUCUCCACCCAGAGAAGGCAGCCAGGGGGAGCUGACACCAGCCAACAGCCAGACCAGGAUGAGCACCAACAUGUGAGGAGGAAGUCUGCAUGCUGACUCUCUGCUAAACCCCAACCCUUCAAUCAACAGGAACCUGCAGCCCCACCCUGCAGCCCCACCCCACCCUGUAAAGACUCUGCUAUUCUGGAAUGAUCUCUGUUCGGCCCCUCGUGGGGUGUAGGAAAGCUCCCUUUAGUCGUGAUCAUCUGGAGAUUUGGACAAGAAGAAAAUGUGUUUUGAUAAAAGCUGAGCACUUAAAGGUGUGUGUUACUGGUAGGAGAUGCACUUUGCUCUGCUUACACAUGAUAUGUGGGGGCCUUAUUAACAGAAACAAGGUUUUAAAAUAAAAACACCUACUAAAACAUA